AUGACCACCGCAAAGGAUGCUACGGCCAGACCGACAAGCCAACACAGGCCCUCUUUCGGAUCUACGGCGUCGAGCCUGCCCCCGCAUAAGUCGCGAACGCAUUCACACUCUUUAUCCAUGGGCUCCUUGGGUGCCGCACACCGCGUGUCACGUAGAAAGAGCAUGUCCUCAUCCGCCCACAACAAUGCAGCUAUGGCUGCAGCAAUGAAGGAGAAAUUUCUCGAGACCAGCCGCCGGCCGUCCAAAGCCAGCCUCAGAGGGUCCAGCGCUGGUAAUCACUUAUCACCAGGCAGUCUCCCGCACGUUGGUAAUGGUUUUGGGCCCUCCAGCUACGCAGGGGUCGGCGCCAAGACCAGCCCGGGAACCGCCAUCACCGAUGGUCCAUCGCUGUCUGCUAUGCCCGCAGGCGAAAAGGGCACGAGCAAAGCGCGGAUACGUCGCGCAAGCGAAGGCUCGCGGAAGCGAGUGACCCACGGUGAAUUGCGGUGCGAAAACUGUGGAAAAGGGUACAAGCAUAGCAGCUGUCUCACAAAACAUCUUUGGGAACAUACACCGCAAUGGGGUGUGACUUCGAAAUUGCUGAUUUCCAAGCAUCAACAAGUGCAAAUGCUUGAAGCUGCAUCUGUGCUCGUUGCCAUGAACCAAGAACCUGAAGAGAGCAAGUAUAGCGACCAUUCGUCUGCUUCGCCGCCUGCUUCAUCUUCAGACGCUAGAGAGGAUAGUGUUAGCUCUACGGAGACCAGUCCGGGCCCUGAGACCUACACCGCGAGGAAUCCCCACCGUUAUAGUGGCGCCAGCAGUGCCUACUCUCACUCUUAUCAGUCCGGUAACUCCAUCUUCUCGGAAAGCGCUCCAUCCCAAGGUUUCGCUUCUCACCACCGCCAAUGGAGCAGUGACGGCCGCCCGACUACAUCGGGAACGUCUAUCGCCGGCUCCAAUUACGGCGGUGAUGAUGAAUCUGCCGACCUAGUUGCCGCUGUCAACCUCCUUAGCUGCAGCCAAGGCAGCAACAAAAGCGGACCGACUCUGCUGCCUCCGGAUGUUCCACCCGUUCCACCUGUGCCUGCGCGUUACUUGGAUAAUGGAAUAAACAGGCUCUCCGGAAGCCAAGCAACCAUCACUCCACGCAAAUCGCCCCUACCAGACCAGCGGGCAUACUCGUGCUACCGUAACGACAGCAGGGAUGUUCGCAUGCGCGAGGAUGACGACAGUGAAGACGAUUUCGAUCAGGGCCAUGCAGCGCGAAACCGUGUCGACGAGCAUGAAGAUCUCAUGUUCGGACGAAUGGAAGAGUAG